AUAAAAGCACAAAACGCGUGUGCCCUCUAGUAGGUGUUCUGUGUGCCGGCUGUCAUCUGGUAAUUGUGGAGCUUGAGUUCUCGGCGUCAGCGCUCCAUCUAAAGUUGUGAACAUCUGCUGGCACAUGUCGAUCCCACAGACGUCACAGAGCAUGCCGAGGUGUUGGACUCUCUUCGUGGUUCUGGUGCUGGGUUGCAGCGGCCAGAUGCAGCAGCACCAGCAGAUGCAUGUUCCACAGAACAUCCCUCAGAUGCAGAUGCCACAGAUGGGGCAGCAGCAACAGCAGGGUGUCUACCAACAGCAGAUGCCACCACAACAGUUUGCUCCACAGCAAGGCAUUGCAGUCCCACAGCAGCCAGGGAUGCAGCAAGGAAUGAUACAGCAGCAACAGCCGAUUGGGGCCCCCCAGGUGACACAAGGUGGCAGCUUUAUUCGUGAGAAGGCACAUGUCCAGGACCGGGCGCACAUUCAGGAGCACUUGAGCGAGAUGCUGGGCCCUAACCAGGACAUGAGCAAGAUGAGCGAGGAGGAGCUGCAGUUCCACUACUUCAAGCUGCACGACAACGACGACAACAACAAGCUGGACGGCCUUGAGCUCAUCAAGUCUCUCAUCCACUGGCACGUUGAGGAGAGCAAGCACCUAGCUCAGCAGGGUCAGCAGCAGCCCACCCCCCAUGGCACCACCAAGUUGUUCACCGAUGCCGAGCUUCAGGCUAUGAUUGACCCCAUCCUCCAGAUGGACGACCGCAAUCGCGAUGGCUUUAUUGAUUAUCCAGAAUUUGUAGCUGCACAGAAGUCACGUGGUUUUUAGCCACUUGAGCAUUUUCUCCCACGAUGAACUUUUCACAGGAUGUGGUAAAGGUCAAUGCCAUAGCAUUGACGGAGCAGUCUCAGUUGGUUGUUGCAUGUAUUUUUUCAGUUGCUCUCGAGCCAUGUUUUUCAUUGUGAUAUCAUUCAUACCCACUAGCUUCUGCAUUUGAAUCUAAAUCGUUUGCCUCAUUUCUAGCUAAAUUUGAAAUUUUUCUUGAGCCGUUAUGUGCAUCAUGCAUUGCACCCAUGUCUUCUUGGGUAGACGAGUCUUGCAUCACUUGGUUGUGAAGUUUGCCCCUGGCCUGGAACAAGAAGUUGACCACAACUCGAUUAGCUCACAAAUUUUUCAAAGACCCUGCUGAUAGUGUACUAGAUCCUUACUAGGGCCGAGGAGCAACAGAUGUGCUGACUGUCACAAUGACCUUCACUGCUGCGCAAGUGAAUUCUCACUGUGUGUUUAUGGCGUGAAUUUCUUGAAAACUGUUCCCGUAGUUUUCACACUUGGUGCAUGGGGUGACCUAUGUUUUUGUUUUAAAACAUUUCAAUUAAUUCUGCUCCGUUUCUCUCAGGUUUUACUACAGUGUUGCAUAUUUUUCUCCCUGUGGCUUAUAAGAAUACCUGGAUUGUCUCCUUCUAUGUAAGAAAUUGCAACAUCAUUACCUGAAUGUUGCAGCCUCCUAUCAGCUUAGGCAUAUCAGGCAAAUAACACUGCCAAGUGUUCUAUAUGAGUGAUAUAGAGCUUCCAAUUGCUGAGAAUGGUUACAGCCAUAAGUGCAAGAUGUUUUCAGAGAUUUUAGAACUGCAGCUAUUGAUAUGUGGCACAUCAAAAGACGAUUGAGUGUUUGUGCUGCAUGUGCCUCUGUGUAAUCCGGUCUUACAUUCCUAGCCCAGUAGAUGAAUUCACUGCUACCGUGUAAUGUUAUACUAAUAUGGUCUAAGAAUUAUUUCAUCAUAAUAUCUCCUCUUAUACACAUCGAGUCAGUCAAUCAGUACUUUUUUCUUCAAAAUUUCUUGACUCCUUGGCCUGCAUUUAGUGUGGGACUUGUUAAUUAACUCUAUUUUAAUUCUUUCUGCUUGUUGUUUAUUUAAUUAUCUUUAUAAGUGUGUAUUAAGAAGUGUUUGGGAAAAUAUUGUAAUACUCCUCAUUGUCUUUAAAGUUUGGUACAGUAAAAUUCCCAUUACAGAACAGGAAAUAUUGUGUUGUGACAUGAAACCAUAAGGUAUGUAAAUAUCGGGUAGACAGGAUUUCACAAAGUUGCUUGUGCAUUUAUUGAAGGAAAACUACUUGAAGCUACACACCUAGAACAACUGUAUGUGGCACUGCCUUGAAAGGGAACUGAUAUAUUUGAUAACAACCAAGUCCUGUUAUUUAGGCGUGUUACAACUUUAUUUGAAUUGUUAUUCAGAGUGAAAAUAUGGCAUGUGGGUAGGAGGGGCACGCUCAGUAUACUUUUUUUGUUUCUGUUUUUCGUGUACCAAGCAUAUAAAAAUUUGUGAGAACACUUACCUAUGCAGCCGUAAAACUGUUAAGGUAACUGACUUGAGGGAGAGCACCAGUGUUGUACAUAAGGUAAUGCUGUAGAAAAAGUUUCCGAAGGUUGAUGAUGGUUGUCUCAUUGGAUUGCACAUUAGUGUCGGAUGUACAUUCAUUGCAGUAGAAGUGGUGUUGAUGUUCCCACCCUUUGUGCGAGGAGUUCUAUGCUGCAGUGCUCACACGUGUGUACCAGUACCACCUUUUACACAUCUUUUAAGUGCCUCUAUUUAUUGUUAUUUAAUUUCUGUUCACCUGACUACAAGAGCCUUGGGGUAGAGGUAUUUCCUGUUUCUUUUACUUAUAACACACUGUAUAAUGACUGUGUGAAACUUGUGAUGUAUGUGAUCAAUGUUAAUGUCACAAAAAUAUUGUGCUGUCACACAAGUAAGUGAGUGGUCCUCCUUCAUCACAAUGUAUUGCAGCUGAAUCAGCAGCUUUACAAUCCUCUCUCCGGUGCAGUCAUGAGUUUAUCAAUAGGUAGGUGUGUGACAUUGAGUGUAAAAGCAGUAAUUCGUGAGUGUUGUUAAUUACUGGUCGUCUAGUGGUGAGCAUGAAAAUGUGCCUGGCUUGGCAUCUGUAGUUUGAGAAUGCGAUUGGACAUUAACAUUAGGGAUAAUCAUAAAUGGUGCUACAAAUAUUCCAGUGCAUGCAGUUGAGCAUAGUGUUGUCUUAGUUCUGUCGCACAUUGGUGACAACAAAGCCCUGUUGUGUUGCAUUGUGAUUAAAAAAAAAUUGUUUUUUUAGCGUUUGCAAGUAGUUUUGUCAAGGCCUAGCAGUGUUGCAGGCAAUCUCUAGCACAUGUACACAGCUUUAUUAAGCUCAUCAAGGGUUCAAGUGCUGUGAAUGUGCAGUGUGCUGAUUUAAUCAAAAAGGCAACACAUUCAUAAUGUGAUUAAAAAAAAUUGUUUUUUUAGCGUUUGCAAGUAGUUUUGUCAAGGCCUAGCAGUGUUGCAGGCAAUCUCUAGCACAUGUACACAGUUUUAUUAAGCUCAUCAAGGGUUCAAGUGCUGUGAAUGUGCAGUGUGCUGAUUUAAUCAAAAAGGCAACACAUUCAUAUAUGUAUGACUCUUUUACUCACCAUAUGGAUUGGUUAUCUUUUAUUGUGCAGGUUGGCUGUAUGCAGCUUGUAAAUAUCUGAUGGCUAGUUAGGCAAAUAUACAUAUAUAUAAUGCUUUAAUGUUAUUCAUAACGACUAGAAAAUUUAAUGUCAUAUCGGUCAACUUCGCUUUCUGAAUCCAGUGGCAACUGCAUGGUAUUGCAAAAUGUAUGAGAGGAUAUUUGAAAGGUCUCAAUGAAGUGAUGUUGGUUGUAUGUAUAAUCAACAGCUACUGUUAGAGGGCUAGUGCAUUCCACAAAUUAUGGAGAUUGUACUGUCUCUGGGUGAUGUCGUGAUUUGUGAAUCUCAGCAAGUUGGUUGAUCUGGACCCAAGUUCUGCAUUUGUUCUAUCAUUAUUUUUUACAUUUUUAAAUGUUUGUGGGAACUGUGACACUUUUUUCUUUGGCAUGAUUUUAUGGUACCAACACUGCAUGUUUUGUCAAUAAACAGUAAGAUUUUUGUUUGUA